AUGGUAGAUCCUACAGAUCCAAACAUGGAAAUUAGGCGGCAGAGGCUUGAGUCUUAUCUGAGACGCACGGGAUUUUACCAUGUCUCUUUGAUCAAGCGCUUCGAGUACGAGAAUCCACUUAUUAGUGUCUUUGUCGAACGAUGGCGACUGGAGACACACACCUUCCACCUCCCUUGGGGCGAGUGUACGAUAACCCUAGAGGAUGUAACAAUGCAGCUAGGGUUACUUGUUGAUGGUGAGGUUCCUGCCGGCCAUGUAUGGACAACGAAGUUCAACAUAAAGCUGAAGUGGCUCAAAACUCGUCUUCAGCAGAUGCCGCUUGACUUAGAAGAUAAUGGCCUCAUGCAAUAUGCACGGUGUUACAUACUUUACUUGUUGAGAGGCGUGCUUCUUCCAGACAAGGCGAACAAUACGGUGCAUGUUCGAUAUCUGCCGUUAUUAGCUGACUAUGAUGGGAUCUGCACGUACAGUUGGGGUAGCGCCAUCCUCUAUUGGUUAAAUCGUACUAUGUGCUUAGCAACAGAGUAUAGUGUUGAGGGUAUGGCCAGUUGUCAUGCGUUGCUCAUGUUGUGGAUAUAUUACAGAUUACCUUUUUUGGCACCGAAUGUCACGACACCGUAUAGUUUUUCUUUAGCCAUGAGGUGGGCAGGCAAAAAAGGACAAAAUGACUAUGCUGAGUAG